AUGUCUCUCCGCACCGUCGUCCACGCUGCUCGCAGUCUCUCCACCCAACCCUUCAAAAGCCGCGUACGGCGGUGGUGUGCGCGCAGAUAUGCAACCACCGCCCCGUCCUCGUCCAUCCCCGCGCUGAAGCCCUCUGUCUACGGCCAACCGCUCUACCCUUCCCAUCCCCAUCUCAUGAAGCCCGGUGAGAUCACCCCAGGCAUCCCAGCAGAAGAGUACGAGCGCCGGCGAAGAGCACUCAUGGACAGCCUCCCCGACCAGAGCCUCGUCGUAUGCGUCGCCGGCCAGGUCAAAUACAUGAGUGGCAAAAUAUUCUACAAGUUCCGCCAGGCCUCCGACUUCUGGUACCUCACGGGCUUCGCAGAGCCCGCGAGCGCGCUCGUGCUCGAGAAGGCGCCGUCCGUGCCCCGCAGGUACCGCAUGACGCUCUUCAGCGCGGGCACGGACCCCGCCGCGGCGCAGUGGGACGGCGCGCGCAUGUCGCACGCGGACGUCGUCCGCCACCUCGGCGCCGACGACGCGCAGCCCGUCGACGCGCUCCCCGCGGCCCUGCGCGCCCUCGCGCCCCGCUUCGACCGCGUGUACCUCGACCUGCCCCCGUCCGCGUCCUCCAGGCGCGGCCGCCCGUCCUCGCCCAAGUCCCUCUUGAAGUACCUCGCGCCGGACGCGCUCUCCCGCACGGACUAUGACGUGCUCCUGGACGCGUUCAGCAGCUCGAAGCGCAAGCCGCUCGCGCCCGAGGUCGGGCGCCUCCGCUCGAUCAAGAGCGAGGCGGAGCAGCGCGUCAUGCGCGCCGCCGCGGAUAUCAGUGCGCGCGCGCACGCGAAGACGAUGCGCUUCGCGCAGCCGGACAUGUCGGAGCACGUCAUCGCAGCGCAUUUUGAGUACCUCUGUGCCCGCGAGGGCUCGUUGCGGCCCGCAUACGUCCCAGUCGUCGCCUCGGGAGCCAACGCGCUCACCAUCCACUACACGGCGAAUGACCAGCUCGUGCGCGACGGCGAGCUCAUCCUGAUGGAUGCCGCGUGCGAAUACAACGGCUACGCCUCCGACAUCACGCGCACCUUCCCCGCCUCGGGCACGUUCACGCCCCCGCAGGCGGCGCUCUACGGCGCGGUGCUCGCCGCGCAGAAGGCGCUCGUCGCGCUCUGCAGCGCCGCCGCGGGGCACUCGCUCGCGCAGCUGCACCGCGCAUCGUGCGACCUCCUCCGCGCGGAGCUCGCCCGCGCCGGCCUACCGUGUCCCGCCUCUGGCGCGCUCGCGGAGCUCUACCCGCACUACGUCGGGCACCCCGUCGGCAUCGAUUUGCACGAGUCGAGCCAUUUUGAGCGGAACGAGCCGAUAAAAGCGGGGAUGGUCAUCACCAUCGAGCCAGGAAUUUACGUCCCGCCCUCGCCGGCGUACCCGACGCACUUCCACAACAUCGGCAUCCGGAUAGAGGACGAGGUGCUCGUGGGCGAAGAGCACCCGAUCGUGUUGAGCGUCAACGCGCCGAAGGAGAUCGUCGACGUCGAGGGAGCGUGCCAAGGUCAGCUCGGACUCGAGCCGCUCUAA